AUGGCUCCCCGAUACAAGGACGGAGAUGCCGUGGUCGCCAUCAAUGGCAAAUGGGUUGCUUGGUCUCACACCAUCUUCGCUUACGCGGCAUUCAUCAGCGCGUUGAUUGUCGGCGUUGCUUUGCACUACCACAAAAUCGUCCAAAACGAACAUUACGGCUACCCCGACGAAUGGUUCCCCUCCGUGUCCGCGACCAUUGGUGAUCGCUAUCCCGAGCGGUCUUUCUUCCAGGUCUUCAUCGCCAUUACCUCCGGUCCUCGCUUCGCCCUUGUCUUCCUAUGGUACAUCCUCACGUCGCGUCCCAAUUCGACUUUGCCCAAGCUCGUUGCCGGCGUGGGUAUCUUCCGUACUUUGACUUGUGGAGGUUGGACCUAUGUUACAUCUACCGACGACCAUGACUGGCAUGAUAUCUUUAUGAUCUCGUACCUGGUUGCUACUUUGCCAUGGACCCUCGGCUGCCUGGCGCUCAGCCCCAACAACCGCCGCGCUGUCAAGUACCGCAAGAUUAUGGCCGGUUUGUUCUUUGGGACAUUGGUUCCUCUGAUCUACUACUUCAUUCAGCACAAGGUCCACAAGAUUCCCGGUGCCUACACCAAGUACGCCUUCUUCGAGUGGUCCCUGAUUCUGUUCGAUGUCGGGUUCGAUGCGAUCACCGCAUUGGACUUUGAGAGCUUUGAACUUGUGGUGAGAGAUGUCAAGGGUGUUAGCAGAGGGCAGUUGAAGACUACUGCGGACUCUGUCUUGGAAAAAGAGAAGGGCAAGUCGGUGGGCAACACCUUCGGCGAGGGUUUCUUCUGGACCGAGAUCAUUGACGCUGCCUCGGAUGUUUACAACGGGUUCGUUUUCUGGACCAUUGUGACUGCUCUCCCCGUUCUUGUCUGGUACUUCCCUCUGUGGCACAUGGGUAUCUCUGGCUAUGAGGUCGCCAUUGUUUGCUGCACUUCUCCAUUGCUCUUGGUCAUCCCAUCCUUGAGAUACGCGGCGGUCAAGAACCUCCGCCUGCUUCACCUGGCCUCCCUCGUUGGUCUUUUGGCAUACAGAUUUCAGGACCCUGCCAACCGCCUCUUCGUUACUGGUUUCGCCCUUGCUACCACUUGCGCAGCAUGGACCGCUGGUUUCUUCGCCGAGAGGGCCAACAGCCCUCGUCUUGAGGCCCGCAUCAUGGCUUGGGGCAUUGGACUAAUCAUGUCCGUUGUUGCCAAGUUCGCAUGCAAGACCAACAACCCGCUUUGGCCUAUUGUUCACGCCGAGAACGGUGGCUGGAACAAGAUUGGUAUCUUCAUUGCUCUGUUCGCUGUCUUGAGAUCCCAGAGAGGCUCAAACACCAGCGGCGGUGAUUACCUGCCCGCCAGUGGCAAGAAGGGCUCAUCCCUCCUAGCCGGUAUUGGGUUCGGUGGUCUGAUGUUCGCCAUUGUCUCCCUACUGACCGACUCGAGCACCAUGAUCUCGUGGGUGUGGGAUGGAUACCCAGUGCGUGGACCGCUUGCCGCUCCCCACGGUGCUCUGACCAUCUUUGCCAUGGGUGCUGGUCUUGUGUAUGGUAUCUUCCACCCUGCUGUCGCUGGUAGCUGGACUGCCUUUGGUCUCGGUUCUCUUGGUGCUGCUCUCCUCACUUGCUAUCACCACUGGACCGGAUACUACGGUGCUCUCGCUCUGACAUUCUACAUCAUGGCGGUUGCCCCCGUCUUGAUCGUGUCCAGUGUCCGUCACUCUCCUGCUAGCACCUUCGGUAUUGGCUUCAUUGUCUAUGUGUUCCUCCUGCUCUUCCACGUCUGGGUUGUUGCCUAUGCCUUCGUGCCAGGUGGUCCUCUCGUUCGUGAGCACACUGACUGGCUCAUGAUUACCACCAUGCUGUCUAUUGGAGCUGGUGUCUUUUCUGCCGCCACCUCUAACUCCACUCGCUCCCGUAACAAGCCCGUCAGCCCCAACAGCAAGAGACAGCGUUCGUACUACAUCUACGUUCUGGCUGCAUUGCAGCUGCUUUCCGUCUCCGUGGCUUACCUGCGCUUCCCAACCAAUGACUACACUCCCCACCACAAGGAGGACAAGGUUGUGACCGCCGGCAUCUGGACCGUCCACUUCGGUCUCGAUAACAACAUGUGGUCCUCUGAACGCCGCAUGCGCGAUGUCAUCGGUGAGCUUGAGCUGGACGUCAUUGGUUUCCUCGAGUCGGACAACCAGCGCAUCAUCAUGGGUAACAAGGACGUCACCCAGUUCAUUGCUGAGGACCUCGGCUACUACUCCGACUUUGGCCCAGGUCCCAACAAGCACACCUGGGGCUCUGCCCUGCUCUCCAAGUUCCCCAUCGUCAACUCCACUCACCACCUCCUGCCCUCGCCUGUCGGUGAGCUCGCACCCGCCAUCCACGCUACCCUCGACAUGUACGGUGAGAUGGUUGACGUCGUUGUCUUCCACUCUGGUCAAGAAGAGGACCCCGAGGACCGCCGUUUGCAGAGCGAGUAUCUGUCCAAACUGAUGGGCGACUCCCCUCGUCCCCUGAUCCUGUUGAGUUACCUCGUCACCAAGCCUCUCGAGGGUAACUAUAACACCUACGUAAGCGAGCGCAGCCAGAUGAAGGAUAUCGAUCCGACCGAUUGGGACAGAUGGUGCGAGUACCUCCUCUUCAAGAAGUUGCACCGUGUCGGCUACGCCCGUAUCAGUCGCGACACCAUCACCGACACCGAGAUCCAGGUUGGCAAGUUUGUUAUUGGUGAGCCCGAGCCCGAAAACGAGAUGCGUAUUCCCGAAGAGAUGGUCCCCGUCGGCCGCCGUUUCCCUGCCCUAUUCCGUGGCGAGGGAGUCCGUGGCCACCGCUACCACGUCUUCGAUGAGCCCAGAUACUGGCAGUAA